GGCAGUACAAGUCAUAUUCUUAUCUCAUGGGCGCGUAAUUGACCCUGUAUUUCUACUGGCCCGAAUCGUUUUAUCCUACUUUUUACCACCCCAACUAAAAGUCGGAAGUAGUGCUAUUCUCAAAGAUGCGGUUAAUCAUGCCUCCAUACCAGUUGCUUUUAGCAGAAGCACUCGUCGGGGCAACAAUAAUCAGUAGCUUUGCGCUUUUUCUGCCACUGUCUCAACAGCAGAAGAUACACUUGCCGACUACCCAAGAUGCUAGUCUGGCAGGCGACGUGAAUCAGGAUGAUCCCUUUAACGUGACCAAGCCGGAAGAUUUUAUCAAUGGAGAACCAAUUGACGAAGACGCGUUCUGGGCCAAAAUGCGCAAUAGGAAAUUACUACUUGUCUUCCUUUCAGCGGCGAUCCUUGCACUCGAGGGCAUUUCUCUGGGAUGGACGACCUCCACAUUGGAUGGCCAGAACAUACUUGCAGAGCAUAUAUGUCGGACUACGUUUGCACUCUACGUCAGUGUUCUAGUUGUUCGUUCCGUUGGCCAAUGCACCACGGAUCAUCAUUCUGAGUCAGUGAUACAUGUCACUGCCUUGACCUUCUUCUCCUCGGUCCUUCACUUCGUCGCAGCAAUCCUUCCUUCGUCUGACUCCAUCUCGUCACCCAAUCUACAAGCCCUUCCUAUACUUGUUUUAUGGUAUAGCAUGACCGCGCUGUAUACCUUGGUUUUUGCGAUAAUUGCGACAACACCCCGUGGACCACCGCUGCACUUUUCUCCUUCACUCAUCUACUCUCAAAAAACCAUCGACGAUACGACUAACGAAUCAUACGAAAACGUCUGCGGCAUUCCAGGCACCUCCGUGAUCGAUUAUCUGUUUUUCUGUUACGUGACACGGGUCGUUCAGCUUGGAAGUUCCAAUUCAGUCGAAAUUGGCGACUUGCCAAUCCUUCCAGCGAAGAUGCGGGCGACCUAUCAGUUCUUUAGGGUGCGCACGAGUCUUCGUGCAAGUCCUCUCAAACCGGGAUGGGACCUCGCUUGGCGCCUUAUCAGUAUCAACAAGCUUGCAUUUGGCAUAGAAAUGCUCUUGGCCGCUGCAGCUGCUCCUAUGUGGUUUGGGUCCCCAUUCUUCGUUCGAAAGCUCCUCGCAUACCUGGAAGACGAUCCUGGCCGCCUUGAUAGAGGAUGGGGAUGGGUAUACGCUUUUGGACAGUUUGCAUCCCUUAUUAUUGUCACGCAGCUCGGCUCUCAAAUGUGGUACCUCGCAACAAGCGUUCUCCAAAUUCGCCUGCGGACGCAGCUCAAUACAAUGCUUUUCGCGAAGACGCUAGUUCGGAAAGAUGUCGUGUCUUCUGGUUCCUCUGCAUCUGUGGAGAACAAUGAUAAAAAAUCGAAAGAUGCUAAAGGAGAUAGCAACGACAAGGAUGAGGAGGAGAACGAGUUUUCGAGCAAAGCGCAGAUCAUGACUUUGAUGACCACUGAUGUUGAUCGGGUCUCCGAGUUUCCUUACCAUCUUUUCGCCAUUGCGGACUCUCCGAUCGAAAUUGUUGUAGGGACGACGUUGCUCUACAGUAUGUUAGGUGUCUCGUGCUUCGUUGGUCUUGGGGUCAUCUGUCUUUUUCUGCCAUUGAAUCACCUGGCUGGUAAAGUGGUGAUCAGCGCACAGGACAACUUGAUGAAAGCCAGGGACGAACGGGUAUCGCUUAUGAACGAGAUACUGGGUGGCAUCCGCAUGCUCAAGUUCAUGGCAUGGGAGCGCAGUUUUGAAAAGCGCGUUCUGAAAAUCCGCGAGAGAGAACUGAAAUAUCAAAAGCUGAACUAUAGGAUUGAGGUCAUGUUCUCCGCCAUCUGGGAGGCGUCUCCUCUCAUCGUCACCCUGGUUUCUUUCUGGCACUUCGCAGUCUGGCGUCAGCAGACCUUGACUCCCUCUAUCGCCUUCACCUCUAUGCUUGUUUUCAAUGAAAUGCGUUUUGCGAUGAACGCGCUGCCAGAAACUUUCAUCAAUCUGCUUCAGGUCCACGUUUCCGUCAAGCGAAUUGGGAAGUACCUCCAACUAACUGAAGUGGCGCCUGUACCUCCGCUCUCGGCUGCACCGGCCAUUAACACCAUCGCUAUUCAAUCUGCUAACAUUACAUGGCCCCGCGAUCGCUCCACAGGUUCAUCAGCGGGCUCAUCAGCAGCUUCCACGCCCCGGCACAAGUUCAUGCUCGUCGAUCUUGCUCUGAAGUUCCCUGACGGGCAACUUUCACUCAUCUGUGGAAAGCUGGGCAGUGGAAAGACUCUGUUAUUGUUAGCGUUACUCGGCGAGGCGGACGUCCUCACCGGCCAGGUCAUCUGUCCGCGUUCACCACCGGACGCGCUUGCGUCCUUCGCCGACCAGAAGGUCACAAAGGAAGAGUGGGUAGUGCCUGGCGUUUGCGCCUACGUACCACAGGCUGCCUGGUUACGAAAUGCUUCCAUUAAAGACAAUAUCUUGUUCGGUCUACCAUUUGACGAAGAGCGCUAUCAGAAAACAUUAGAGGUCUGUGCACUCAUUAGCGAUCUCAAGAUCCUCGAAGAUGGAGACGACUCCGAAAUUGGCGAGCGUGGUGUGAACUUAUCGGGUGGGCAAAAGGCUCGAGUUUCCUUGGCUAGGGCUGUUUACUCCCGAGCAUCCAUCCUGUUGCUUGAUGACGUUCUGUCUGCUGUUGACGCUCACACGGCUCAUCACAUCUACCACAAGUGCAUCAAAGGAGAGCUGAUGCAGGGGCGGACCGUGAUCCUUGUAUCACAUCAUGUCCAGCUUUGCUUGACUGGUGCUUCAUACGUUGUCGCUCUUGAUAAUGGUCAUCUUCUAUUCGCUGGUGACCGUGAAUCUUUCGAAGCAUCCAAUGUGAAGGGGACAUUGGUGCAGACCAUGGGUGGCAAUGGCAAGAAGCAGGGCGCCGCAAGUACUUCAACGAAUCCAUUAGUACCUGCAGAUCAUUCUCCCAUUGCCACACUCGUGCAAGAGGGUGCGGAACCGGACCCGAUAUCCGAAACGAGCUCCACGGUGGUCAAUGAGCCACAUGCAGAAGGAGAGCGGAAAGCACCCAGGAAGCUUGUGGAAGACGAGAAACGCGCUGUAGGACGAGUCAGUCGUGAUGUCUGGGAGCUUUAUGUGAAAUCGUGCGGCGCCUCUGGGUACUGGACGUGGUUCGCGUUCAUUCUCGUGUUGGGAUCCUUAUGUCCUGUUGCAGAGAACUGGUGGCUUAAGACGUGGUCGGGAUCGAGCGCAGAGGAAGUCGAUGCCAAAGGACCAAUAUAUUACAUCAUCGUUUAUGCUGCGGUCACUCUUACAGGCGUCUUUAUUUCGACCUACAGAUACUUCGUACUCUACAACGGAUCUAUUCACGCGUCCACUGUUUUGUACCAACAACUUCUGGAAACCGUAUUGUUUGCGCAUAUUCGAUUCCAUGAUACCGUGUCACGGGGGAGACUCCUAAAUCGAUUCGGGAAAGACUUUGAAGGCAUUGAUAGUAGACUCUCGGAUCAUUUUGGUCGAAGUGUCAUCUAUGCAUUGGGUUUUUUCGUUAUGGUCGUGUCCGUCGCUUUGGCAGGCGGUGUUCCGUUCCUCAUUGCUAUGGUCUUCCUUGGCUUCAUGUACUAUGAUGUUGCGAAGAACUAUGGGCAAGCUGCUAGAGAUAUGCGGCGCCUGGACUCCGUGGCACGGUCCCCCCUUUACUCGAUCUAUGGUGAAACCAUUGCCGGAGCGCCUAUCCUUCGAGCUUUCGGUGCUUCGUCAAAAUUCUUGCGAGACAUGCUUCGCUGUGUCGAUACGAACACAAACCCGAAUUGGUGGCAAUGGGUUGUUAAUCGCUGGCUUUCCGCCCGGUUUGACCUGUUGUCCGCUGCGACCGUCGGCGUGACAGGUAUUAUAGUAGUUUCUACCCCGACCAUCUCAGCUGCACUCGCUGGGUUUGCUCUUUCAUUUGCUGGAGGCAUGACGUGGACAUUGCUAUUCUUGGUGCGCCGGUUCGUCGGCCUUGAACAAUCCAUGGUCGCCCUGGAGCGUGUCAAGGAGUAUUCGGAGCUUAAACGCGAGCCUCCUGAGUUCAUCGAGCCACGUCCGCCAGCGUCUUGGCCAGACCGAGGUGCUAUUAAGUGUGAAAACUUGAUCAUUCGCUAUGCGCCUGAAUUGCCCGAUGUUCUUCACAACUUGAACUUCGAGAUCCACCCCGGAGAGAAGGUCGGCAUCCUAGGCCGCACGGGUUCCGGAAAGAGCACCCUUGCACUCUCAUUCUUCCGCUUCGUAGAGGCAACGGAGGGUUGUAUCACCGUUGACGAUCUGGACAUCUCCAAAAUAGGACUUUCAGACCUUCGCAGCAAACUCACCAUCAUUCCUCAGGAUCCAACCAUCCUUAGCGGCACUGUGCGAUCCACGCUGGAUGUAUUCGACGAGUACGAAGAUGCGGAAAUUUUCGAAGCUCUUCGACGCGUGCAUUUGAUUCCAUCUGAUGCUGCCGAUGACGUUGAAAUUGAAGAUGUGGAGGUCAAUGUUAAUGUUUUCCGAAACUUAGAGUCGCCAGUAUCGGAAGGAGGGGAGAACUUCUCUACUGGCGAGAAGCAGCUUCUGUGCAUGGCUCGAGCAAUCCUGAAACGGUCGAAGGUCUUGGUUAUGGACGAGGCAACAGCAAGUGUUGACUAUGCGACUGACGAGCUCAUUGGAAAGACGAUCAGACAAGAAUUUGCAAACAGCACCAUUCUCACCAUCGCGCAUCGACUGCGCACUGUCAUCGAUUAUGAUAGGGUGAUGCUCCUCGACCAAGGCAAAAUCGCCGAGUUUGAUCACCCUGCUGUUCUACUUUCCGACCCCUCUUCGCAAUUCUACGGGUUGUGUGAGGCAACGGGGGAGAAUGAAUUCGCGAUGUUGAAGAACCUCGCUGGGUUGUGAUAGAAUUAUUAGAGUCGUGGGUUAUCCAUACAGCACAAUACCAGAAAAUGACUUCUUGAGAAUGAUUUGAUUCGGUAUGAUUACCUUGUCGGUUAUAGCAAGGCGCAGCAUCAAACUUCUUUCUGACAAGCAAGAAAACUGGGUCUUUUGCUGAUUGACUAUUUGGCAAUUCUCGUAACAGAUCGUGAUCUACUGGCAUACACCCAGCUGAACAUUACUCCUCCUGUUGGGUGUCUCGUCUCCCCCACUUCUUCACAUCACAUUCAGCAGGUCUUC